AUGGCCGCUUUAUUUUCUACAUCUUUUCUUUCCUCUUUUUACGAAAUUGCAUUGAACAUCUAUCUAUCUAUCUAUCUAUCUAUCUAUCUAUCUAUCUAUCUAUCUGUUUCAUUCAUAUCGCUGUCUGUUCAUGUUAACAUAUUUUAUGUCCAUUAUCUAUCUAUCUAUCUAUCUAUCUAUCUAUCUAUCUAUCUAUCUAUCUAUCUGUUUCAGUCUCUUCCAUUCUUUUUAAUCUAUCUAUCUAUCUAUCUAUCUAUCUAUCUAUCUAUCUUACUUUUUUGUUCAUAUCUAUCUCGGUUCGUUCACAUCUAUCUAUUGAUAUAUUACACACUGUUUAUCUAUCUAUCUAUCUAUCUAUCUAUCUAUCUAUCUAUCUAUCUAUCCAUCCAGUCAUCUGUUCUUACCUAUGUCAGUAUAUUCAUCUAUCUAUCUAUAAUUAUGUGCCUUUUUCUUUUUCUUUUGUCUCUUCUUCUUUUUCUGUUUCUCAUUUUGUUUUCUUUUUUCUUCUUUCCUUCCUUGAAUCAAUGUUAUUUCUUCUUCUUCCCUCUCAUCCCUUUCAAUUUUCCUUCUUUGAAUCAAUUUCAUUCUUCUUCUUUUCAUUUAUUUUUUUCUUUCUUUUUUUGCAUCCUUCUUAACCCAUUCUCUUGUUUUUCUUUCCAUUUGUUCUUUCUCAAAUCCACUUUUUUUCUUUUCAGUUUUUUUCCUUUCAUGUAUCCUUCUGCUUCUUUUAUCUCAGUCCUUACUUUGUCCUUUCUUGAAAUGUUCUCCUUCUUCUUCUUGUUUUCUCUCAUUUGCCGUUCUUUCCAUCCUGUUAAACUGUCCCUCCUUUUCUUUUUUUUUUUUUUUUUUUUUUUAUUCUUGUCCUUUCUUGAAUCCUUCUUCUCCUCCUCCACCUUCUACUCCUCUUUCUUCUUCUUUUUCUUCUUCUUCAUUUGCUUCUUCUCUUUUUAA